AACAGCGGCGGAGGUAGUUUUGGUUGUUUCUGCUCAACAUUGGUCAGGUUUUAGUCUAAUACUCCAAUCAUGCCGUAUGCUAACCAGCCGACGGUGAAGAUUACUGAACUCACGGACGAAAAUGUGAAGUUUGUCAUUGAAAACACGGAUUUGGCAGUUGCCAAUUCUAUCCGCCGUGUCUUCAUGUCCGAAGUCCCAAUAAUAGCGAUUGACUGGAUCCAGAUUGAUGCCAAUUCCUCAGUCCUGCACGAUGAGUUCAUCGCACACAGAGUUGGUCUCAUCCCCCUCACCAGUGAUGACAUCGUGGAUAAAAUGCAAUAUUCCAGGGACUGCACCUGUGAGGAUUUCUGUCCGGAGUGCUCCGUGGAGCUGACCCUUGAUGUCCGAUGCACUGAAGAUCAGACGCGUCACGUGACUUCCAGAGAUCUGUUGUCCAACAAUCCCAGAGUCAUUCCGGUGACGUCGCGGAGCCGAGACAACGAUCCAAACGACUAUGUCGAGCAAGAUGACAUCUUGCUGGUGAAGCUUCGCAAAGGUCAGGAGCUUCGGCUCCGAGCGUACGCAAAGAAAGGCUACGGUAAGGAGCACGCCAAGUGGAACCCGACCGCAGGAGUCUCCUUUGAGUACGACCCGGACAACGCACUGAGGCACACGGUCUAUCCACGACCUGAGGAGUGGCCGAAGAGCGAAUAUUCAGAGAUAGAAGAGGAUGAGGUUCAGGCCCCUUACGAUCCCAAUGGAAAGCCAGAAAGGUUCUAUUACAACGUGGAGUCGUGCGGUUCUCUUCGACCCGAGACCAUCGUCAUGUCAGCGUUGGCCGUCCUCAAGAAGAAACUAAGUGACUUGCAGACCCAGUUGAGCCACGAGAUCCAGAGCGACGUACUCACCAUCAACUAAACUAAACCUAUUGUUUGAAAAGUGUCUUGUUUAAUGUUCCUUUUUAAAAUAAAUAUCUUUUUGAAGAA